GUUACCCCAGGACUGGAAUUGACAACUACUAAUUUAUAGGAUAUUCACCAUCGUUAUGAAAUUCUUGUGAAUUUCAGUUCACAUAGACGACAAGUAGGCUAGCAUUUUCCCCCUGAAAAUACCCUGAAUCCAUUUAACAUGUGUCGGCCAUGGCAGCAGGCGUCAGUUUGUUGAGUGACCUGCCCUACUCCACCAGCAGUUCAGCUAACAGCAGAGAGUCCAGCACUGACAUGGAGCCAGUAAAUGUCAGAGUACCCACUGCAAAGUACACUAAAGUGGGCGAGACUUUGAGGCAUGUCAUCCCAGGACAUAUGCAGUGCUCCAUAGCGUGUGGUGGUCGAGCGUGCAAAUACGAAAACCCCUCUCGCUGGAGCGACAAAGAACAAGCCAUCAAAGGACUAUACUCCUCCUGGAUAACUGAUAACCUGUUAGCCAUGGCAAGACCUUCAACUGAAACCAUUGAAAAAUUCAACGUCAUCGAACAGUUUCAUGAGUGUGGCUUAAAGACAGUAAUUAACCUGCAGCGUCCAGGGGAACACGCCAGCUGCGGCAGCACUCUGGAGUCAGAGAGCGGUUUCACCUAUCGCCCAGAGGUUUUCAUGGAGGCAGGGAUUUAUUUUUACAACUUCGGGUGGAAGGACUACGGCGUGGCAUCCUUGACUACUAUCCUUGACAUGGUGAAGGUGAUGUCAUUUGCCAUGCAAGAGGGAAAAAUGGCUGUCCACUGCCAUGCUGGACUUGGCAGAACAGGUGUCUUAAUAGCAUGCUUCUUAGUAUUCACAUCCCGGAUGAGUGCAGAUCAGGCCAUUUUGUUCGUUAGAGCUAAACGUCCAAAUUCCAUCCAGACUCGUGGCCAACUGUUGUGUGUGCGAGAGUUCGCCCAGUUCCUUGUGCCUCUGCGGAGUGUAUUCUCGUGUGCCGAGCCCAAAGCUCACAUGGUCACAUUGUCUCAGUACCUGACUCGUCAGCGGCACCUGCUGCAUGGCUAUGAAGCACGUCUCAUGAAGAACGUGCCAAAAAUCGUACACCUGGUCUGCAGGUUCCUCCUGGACAUAGCAGAGGACCGGCAAACGGUGGAAGAGGAGGUGUUGGACAUCCCAGACCUCACAGAGGAAGUGGAGAAGACAGUCUCGCUGCAAGCCCUUCAGCAGUUAGGGAAAGAGAUGAGGGGGAAAGGGAUUCCCAUAUCCUCACCUCGCUCUCCCGACCAACCCAGCUUGCUUCUUAAAGAAACCCAGUGUGAUCCACCUCAUGACCGGCCUCUCUGUAGCGACCAGGAGUUCGAUGUGCUUUGGAGAUGGCCGACGGUAGACAAUACCUACAAGUCUCAGCUCAUCUGGAGGAAAUGUCUUAGCUAUAGUGACUCAGCCUUGAACAAACUGGACCCCAGGGUGCAGGUACUACAAAGUCCCCAGAAUGCUCUUGGCAGCAAAUCUGGGUUAAACUUUACCGAAGUUUAUGUGUCGCAGAGCAGAUUAUCUACACAAACCCCUGACCUUCUGACAUCCGAAAUCAACAACAGUCCCAAACAUGGCUCUUCAACUGGUUCCUGUAGCUCCCUGGUCCAAUCCAAAAAAGUUGAAGGCCAAGUAUCCUGCUCUCCUGUCUCCGUAAAACGGGCACCACUGAAGGAGACAAAGCGCAGCAUGUCCUAUGGCUUUCUAGGGAGGACCAGUGACAGCAUGUUUUCAACACGUCAAGUUGGCAAAAGUCACCUCAGCCCUAAUGAAAACACAACCUAUGGUGACAUACAACAGUUGACAGAUGUUCCUAUUUUAACGCUUCAAAGUGAACUCUCACCUGAGACUCGUCAUCUGUUUGUGGCCAAAGCUCUUACGAUGGACAUUGAUGGAGAAGACCUCAGGAGCACAGUCUCAACGUGGCAGACAGAGCUGAACUCCCGUGAAGGUGCAUGGGAAAGGCUGUGCACCGAGAGAGAUCCUGUGGUGCUCUCCAUGCUCAUGUGGUCUUGGCUAGAACAACUAAAGGAGCCAGUCAUCACAAAAGAGGAUGUUGAGACUUUGGCUGGAAACAGAUUCAAUCCCCAACAUGCUCUGAAUUCACUCGACAAGGGACAAAAACAAACCCUUCUGUGUAUUCUUGACUGCGCUGCUCAUUUGCUUCAAAUACCAGAAGAGGUUGAGAAUGCCUUUUUUGAACGCACAAUCAAAACAUUUACUUGGAUUUCCUCAGAUUCAGAGAACGGGCAGUUAAGCUAUAAGACUCUAAAAGACGUCAUGAUCCCUGUCCUCAAUGAUCUGAGAACAAAAGCAAUGGAGGAGCUUGAGCUGACCUGCCACUGCUCCCAUGUACACUAAUCAAGAGGGUGAGAAACUGAAAUCUGGCGUCUGCACUGUGAUUUUAAAGAAAAAAAUCAAACAAACACAGAGACACAAACUUACAGAUUUACAGUGGCCACGAUUGCUCAUUCAAAAAUUUUUUUACAUUGAACAAUAAGUACUGCCAUACAUGUGUGUGCCACAAGGUUAUGUUAGGCUAUUUUUCUAAUUUGUUUUUCUUAAUAGUUUAUUUUUGAUACACAAUAUUUAUUAGCUAACUUAAGUAUGUCGUGUUUAUUUUUUAUGGUUUUGUUUGACUCUAACGAACUGAGGAUUCUCAUGAAAAUAUGUGUUUUGUCAUAUAAUACUGCUUGAAUAGAGAGAUAAUUGUAGAUGUACCACAAUAUUUAUUGAACCAACUAAUAUCACUGUGCAACAUCUCAUUUUAUGAUACAAUUAUUAAUGCUUUUAUCGAAUGAAGCAAAUUGCCAGAUUUGCUGAUUCUUGCCUUUGCAAUUUGUAUUUAAGGUUUCAAAAAGGUUUGUAUUUAAGGUAUAAUAGAGGACAACUGAAUGCUUUCAUUCAUAAUGUAAUGCAGUUUACAUUAGGAUUAGCUCAGUGUGGCCUUGAUCACAAUUUUGAAAAAUAAAUUGAGAAUGUAUCGAUACAAUUCCUGCUAAAAUGAAGCAAAAUACUGCCUCGUAGACAGGCUUUUGCAGGAUGCUCUUUACCUUUUAUUGGCAUUAUUUAUUACUAAGCUGCUUCUUUAACAUAAAAAGUGGAAGAAAUAUGUACAAAUGUGUUUGUCGUUGUGCUUUAGUACUAGAUAACACUGUGGUGUUGAAACUGACCUCAUUUGUCAACUAAAAUGUUAUCAUUGUCUUUUUAAGUAAAUAUCAUGUAGCCAGCAGAAUACAUGUUUAUUCAUUCAUGUCCGUGGAAGAAUUGUAAGAUGUUUUCAUGUCCAAAUCCUAAAGACAGAUUAUUGUGGGUUUUUCCAAAGCACUGCUUAUUUUUUAUUUAUUAGAUUUUCAUUCAAGUCUAUAAAAUUAACAUUCCAAAUGUUACCUUUGGCACACUGUCUUAUUAACAUAUUAAUUCAACUUUG